UUACUAGGAGGUCGGUCCGCUUUACUUGGAGGUCGGUCCAUUUUACUAAGAUGUCGAUCUACUUUACUAGUAGCGGUCGCUCAACUUCACGAAGAGGUCGGUCUAUUUCACUUGAAGGUCGAUCCGCUUUAGUAGGAGGUCGGUCCACAUUUUACUAGGAGGGCCGCCAAUAUGGAGUAAGAACGGGAGCAGCGGUGGUGGUUGGCGCAGGCACCGGGCUACUACACUCGCCGUCAGUCCU